AUGUUUCUGAAUUUUGAUGCUAAAGCCGUGGAAGAGAAGAAGUUGAUUCAGCUUAAUGAGCUUGAUGAGCUUAGAGUUGAAUUUUAUGAGAAUACCAAGCUCUAUAGGGAGAAAACAAAGAUGUGGCAUGAUAAGAGGAUCUCAGCAAGAACCUUUGAGCCUGGCCAAAGGGUCUUUUUCUUCAAUUUAAGACUCAACCUUUUUCCAAGAAAGCUGAAAUCUAGAUGGUUUGGACCUUUCACUAUCAUAAAAGUCUCCCCUUAUAGUCACAUUGAGGUCAUGGAAAAGAGUCCAGAGAGAACAUUCACUGUCAAUGGCCAUAAGUUAAAGCAUUACCAAGGAGGCGAGAUUGAUCGUCAAAGAAUAGUCCAUCACCUCACUUAA